AUGUCGGAAGUCGAUGCGAAAGCAUCAGAAGACCAACCACCGUCACAAGCGUCACAAGCCAUACCGCGAGACAACUCGGGGAGCUUCACAGAUCAGUCGUAUCUCACCUACUUGGUGCCUUCCGACACGGACAUCAACCUCGAUGAGGCGUUUAGUGAUCUGGGUCAAGGGAAAUCAAUACUAGCAUCGAUACCGCAACGCGAGACGCUCUUCUUCGAUGAAACCGUGCAAGUCUUGCUCAUCCUCAGAACGCCAUGGGUGGAAGAAAAGGAGCUCCAGUCUAGCCUGCAGAGGCUCAUGAUCUCUCUGGCCGCGCACGUCGUCAACAGCCCAACCGCCGCCAAUCGCGACGCCACCCCCGCUUCCGAGUCCAUCUUUGUCGGGGCCGUCUCCGACAUUAGCGAUCCCUUUGUCGUCGUGGACGAGGAAGCGGGCAGCGACUCCGACUCGGAAACGCCCACGCGGUACCUCUAUGCGGUGUGGAAGCUCGCGGUGCCGCUCUCGCGGCCGCGCAUGCGCCUGCACCGCCCCUCCAUCGUGCUGUCGGCCUCGGCGGGCGUGCGCCCCGAGCAGUCGCCGUCACCCGAGCAGGCCCGCGCGGCGGGCUACCUGCAGAGCGGCGUGCCGUCGGGCCUCAACCUGCUCGAGUCGUUUGCGGGCGACCCGGGCCUGCACGGCGUGCGGCCCCGGCUGUCGGCGCUGCGCGUGUCCCGCGUCGUCCCCGUCACUCGCCCGCCGGACCUUCUGACGCGGUUGCGCACGUUGCCGCAGCUGCAGCUGCCCGUUGCCGCGCUCGUGCACGCCCGCAUCCGUUUCGUCCGGCCCGGUGCUGCCGCUCCCCCGACCAGCACCGUUGUCGCCCUUCUCGAGCUCGACUUCACCCCUGACCUCGACUACGAGGCCGUCGUCGACAAGGUCGCCCUGACGACAUCAGCUGGCACUGUCGAGAGCCUGAGCAGUAGCAGCGACGAUUAUGAGCCCGCCGCGCUCGCGCUGCCCCUCCGCUGCGUCGCGCACGACCACGUCACCCUCAUGUACGCCGUGCGGCCGCACCGCCUCGACGUCAACGCCAGGGACGCUAACAACGCGCUGCACAUUGCCGUCUCGGCCGUCAUCCAGGUCGCGCCGGGCGCUCGCUGCACUCCGCGCAUUGACAUGGCCUGGACGGCGGGUCUUGACCUGAGUGCGCCGCUCAACCCGAGCUUCGGCGCGGCCACGGAGACGGGCAUCCAGCGCGCGCACCGCCCCGCGCAGCUCUCCCUCGCUAGCACCGCGUCCCUAUCUGCCGUCACGCCCCUCAAGUCGCCGUCCAUCAUGCGACCCGAUGCGCUUCCACUGCUCGAGGCCUCAUCGUCCUCCACCACCCCAACCGCUACCCCCACCGCCGCCGUCCCCGAGCUCGGCAUUACCAUGUCGUUUAGCGGCCCGGCCGCCGCUGUGCGCCCCGGCGACGUCUUCUCUUGGACCGUCUACGUCCUCAACCGCACAAGCGGCGGCGGCGGCGACGGCGGCGACGACGGCAACGAUCCCGCCACCGCCGCCAAGACCGCACGCAAACUAGCCCUCGUCGCUAUUCCCCGGCGGCGCCGACACGAGGCGCGGUCCUCGCUGCGCCCUCCAUCGACGGCCUCACGGCGCCACGGCGAGCCGGACGUGGCCGCCGCCGUCGUCGACGACAACGUGCUGCACGCGCUGCAAAAGAACGCCACGGUCGACGGCGCCGACCUCGUGUGCCUGAGCGCCGACACGCGCGUCGGGCCACUCAGCCCUGGCGCCUGCCACAUUGUCGAACUGCAGUUUCUCGCGCUGCGCCCGGGCAUCGCCGGUAUCGAAGCCAUUCGCGUCGUGGAUCUAGGAUCCCAGGAGCACGUCGACAUUAAAGAUUUGCCGACAACGGUGAUUGAGCCGCUCGGCGCAUGA